UCGAACGGAACAACAGCCGCCGUUUUUCCCCGCCGGUUAAUUUCAUCAGCAUCAGGCCGAUUCCCGUAACAAUUUCCGUCCCUCUAGCGAUGAAACUGGCAGCCAAAGAUGAGACCAACCAUCACGAGGCUUCCGAUGAAGAAGAGGAGGAGGAUAAUCAUGAGACUUCCAGCGUCGGUAGUACCUGCACCGAUAAUACCUCCAAUGGAAGCGAGUCCCAUCCCAAUCGGCGGAAACGACGUCGGCAGCGCAAAAAGGUUUCCAAAAGUCCCAAGCCGCUGUACAAAUUUGCGUGUUACGUCAAGGAGGACCACGGGCAACCACUGUUCGGGUGUCAAUUUAAUCACGAUUUGAAAAAGGGUGAACUGCCGGUCUUUGCAGCGGUCGGAAGUAAUCGGGUGACCAUUUACCAAUGUCAGGAAAAUGGGGAUAUAAAACUGCUCCAAUGUUAUUCGGAUCCAGAUGUGGAUGAAAUAUACUACACUUGCGCGUGGUCCCAUGAACCUGAAACGGGUCGGCCAAUUUUGGCCGCAGCUGGAUUGCGUGGAGUUGUACGGGUUUUCUCACCGGCAACGCUAAACGCCUACAAACAUUACGUUGGCCAUGGGCACGCCAUCAAUGAGGUGAAGUUUCACCCAAAGGAACAUUAUUUGCUUCUGUCGGCCAGCAAAGAUCACUCCCUCAGACUUUGGAACACAAAAAGCGACGUCUGUAUAGCGAUCUUUGGCGGAGUCGAAGGACAUCGAGAUGAGGUGCUUAGUGCAGACUUUGACAUCCUGGGCAGUCGCAUAAUGUCUUGUGGGAUGGAUCAUUCGCUCAAAAUGUGGCGCCUAGAUUCGGACACGAUGAAGGAUGCUAUCCGGAGUAGCUAUUCGUUCCACACUUCCAAAUUGGUCCACCGCUUCCCGACGGCGGACGAACACUUUCCGGUCUUUUCCACUCGGGACAUCCAUCGGAAUUAUGUUGAUUGUGUCCGCUGGAUGGGAGACUUUGUCCUGUCGAAAUCGUGCGAAAACUCAAUCGUCUGCUGGAAACCGGGAAAGGUGGAUAGCAACGAGGUGAGGAACAACGAAACCACGACCACGGUUCUAACCACCUUGGAGUACAAAGAAUGUGACAUCUGGUUCAUCAGAUUCUCGCUCGACUAUUGGCAAAAGUAUUUGGCGCUCGGAAACCAAAACGGGAAAACCUACAUCUGGGAGUUGGACACGGACGAUCCGGCCCAUCCUCGGUGCACUCAGCUGUACCACCCGAAGUGUGUGACGGCUAUCCGGCAGACGUCCUUUUCGAGGAACGGUGACAUUCUGAUUUGCGUUUGCGACGAUGGAACCGUUUGGCGCUGGGAUAAGCUCGUUCAAAGCUAGGCAGGCACAAUUCCGACCGAUGUCUUCUCACUUAUUUUUAUCGUCAUAUAUGUGUAUUUAUUUUAAGACCAAUAGCAUUACCGAAAAAUAUAAAACUACAGUGAC